AUGUCAAAGGGCAAAGAAAAAGUUAGCAGCAGCAAGCAAUUUAGGUGGCUGCCACCCAUGCAUGAGAUGAUGCUUAAAAUACUUACACAGGAGGCUGCAAAGGGCAAUAAGCCCUCUAGUACUUUUAGGGCCGGCUCCUUUGCUCUUGUAGCCAAGGAGAUAACGGCCCAAUUCGGGGUUGAGUGCCACCCGUCCUAUGUUGACAACCGGAUGCGAACUCUAAGGUCCAUGUGGCGAACUAUUCAAACUCUUAGAAAGAAGAGUGGAUUCGGUUGGGACGAAAAUCUGAAAAUGAUAACUUGCGACGCUAAAACAUACCAAGAAGAAGUUAUGGCACAUCGAAAGCAUGCAAAGUAUCUGAACAAAAAAAUUGAGUUUUACGAUGAAUUAGUGAUUGUUGUGGGGAUGGACACAGCCACAAGUGGCUUUUCUAAGUCCUAUGUGGAUAUUGAAAAUGAGCUAGAGAAUGGGGAUAAUGGGGAUAGUGCGGAGUUUGUUGCAGAUAAUUUGAAGGAAUGUGUGGUUGAAAAAGGAAAGAACGCAAAUGAAUCAUCCACCACUAGGUCGGGAAUUUUCAAGUCCUGCAAAAGAGGGCGUGCAGCUUCUAAUGCUGAUGAUAGUGUGCUGACUGAUCUGUCUGAUCAGCUGAAGGAAAUAGUUGUCGCUCUUAAAGAAAUCAAUUAG